AUGUGGCUUUCUCGUGUUAGUGGAUUGAUUAAUAGGCAAUCAAUAGGCAGAGUCACACUCCGAUCAUAUCACGCCGGAGGCUAUCAGUAUGGGCACCUACCAGAUCCACCCAAAUCUUCCUUCAUUCCCGAAGGAGGCAUGAGCUUAGAAGAUAGUCAAAGAGUACAUUUGAUCAAUGCCUAUAGGAGAUAUGGCUACUUACAAGCUGAAUUGGAUCCAUUAGGAAUCAAAAAACCCGCAGAAGUACCGGAGCUCAACCCCGCUAUUUAUGGCAUCAAUACGUCUGACAUUCUUCCUGGAAAGGAUUUGAGUAUGAACGACUUAGCAGAACAGUUGAAACUUAUAUAUUGUGGUCCAAUGGCAAUUGAGUUUAUGCACAUUAAUAGUUGGGAGGAAAGACAAUGGUUGUCUCAAAAUUUCGAGAAUGCUGUAGCCGAAGAGCUAAGAGCUGAAGAAAGAGUUAAUCUUGCUAAGUUGAUGGUCAGAUGUGAAGACUUCGAUCACUUCUUGGCUACAAAGUUCCCAACUUUGAAGAAAUAUGGAAGUGAAGGAGCUGAGGCUAUGUAUGGCUUUUUCAGUGAGUUGUUCGAUACAGCUCCAGAACGAGAUAUCAAAGAGAUUUUUAUUGGUAUCGCUCACAGAGGACGCUUGAAUCUAUUGAAUGAGUUGAUGCAGUUCCCAACUGUUCAGAUGUUUAGAAAAAUUCGCGGAAAGACUGAGUUCCCUCCAGAAGUUCAAGGCGCAGGAGAUGUUCUGUCACAUUUGACUUCUUCGUUUGAUCACUCAGUCACCGGAGGCAAGGUGCAUAUUUCAAUGCUCCCUAAUCCUUCUCAUCUCGAAGCGGUCAACCCCGUAGCAAUGGGAAAAGCUAGAGCCCGAGCCAGAAGCCUUCAAGCUGGAGAAUACUCUGAAGAGCGAGGUUCUCGAUCUGGUGACGAUGUUCUAUGCGCUCUGAUUCAUGGAGAUGGCGCUUUCAGUGGACAAGGAGUAAUUUGGGAGUCUUUAGCUCUCAGCAAGGCUCCGCAUUUCCGCCUUGGUGGUUCUGUCCACCUCAUUACGAACAAUCAGAUUGCCUUUACUGCUGAAUCACACAUUGGAAGAUCCUCAACUCACUGCACAGAUAUUGCCAAAGCUUUUGAAUUUCCGGUAAUACAUGUGAACGGAGAUCAUCCUGAGGAAGUUGUCAAGGCAACAAGGCUCGCAUUGGCUUAUAGGGAAAAAUUCCGCAAAGAUAUUUUCAUAAAUCUAGUCUGUUAUCGUAGAUGGGGACACAACGAGCUCGACGACCCAUCUUUCACACAACCUCUUAUGUACAAAGAAAUCACUGCUCGACAAUCAGUUCCUCGUGAAUACUGUGAUCUUCUGGUUGACGAGGGAUUGAUCACAGAAGAAGAAAUCAAGAAAGAGAAGGAAGCGCACACAGCCAAACUUCUGGAAUCUUUCCGUGCUGUUGAUAGCAGUAAACCAGAAGUUAAUCACCUUAACGGGUAUUGGAAAGGAUUUCAACAAGCACCUGCUGCUGUAGAGCAAUGGGACACUGGUGUUGAUGUCAAUCUUCUGAAGUAUAUCGGUGCAGCUUCUGUAAAAUACCCAGAUGGAUUUAAUGUUCAUCCCCAUUUGAAGAAAACUCAUUGUGAAGCCCGUGUUAACAAGCUCAUCGCUGGAGAAGGUUUAGACUGGGCUACUGCUGAGGCUCUGGCUUUCGGUUCUCUUAUAAUGGAAAAUAAUGAUGUUAGAAUCAGUGGCCAAGAUGUUGGAAGAGGAACGUUCUGCAACAGACAUGCUAUGUUAGUGGAUCAAGUUGACGAUUCUAACUUCAUUCCGCUCAACCAUGUGUCCAGUGAACAGAAAGGAUUUUUAGAGGUCGCUAAUAAUCUCCUUUCUGAGGAAGCCAUCUUAGGUUACGAGUUUGGAUUCUCUCUUGAUAAUCCCAGACGUUUGUGCAUUUGGGAGGCCCAGUUCGGAGAUUUCUUCAACGGAGCUCAAAUCAUAAUUGACACAUUCCUUGCUAGUGCUGAGAGUAAAUGGCUUACUCAAUCUGGACUCACCAUGCUCCUACCUCACGGUUUUGACGGUGCUGGACCUGAACACAGCAGUUGUAGAAUGGAACGCUUCUUGCAAAUUUGCGAUUCACGGGAAGAUCAAGUUCCCGUUGAUGGAGAGAAUGUUAACUUCAGAGUAGCAAACCCCACCACUAGUGCUCAAUACUUCCAUCUUCUCCGUAGACAAGUUAUUCCAAAUUAUCGUAAGCCACUUGUAGUUGUUGGUCCUAAAAUACUUCUUAGACAUCCUAAAGCAGCCUCUUCCCUUACCGAGUUUGCCCCAGGAACUUCGUUCAAACAUGUUAUUGCUGAUGAAACUUGCAAUCCUCAAAAUGUUAACAAGAUCAUUUUCACUUCUGGAAAGCACUGGAUUGCUGUAGAGAAAGCCAGAGACGAGAGAGGUCUUAAAGAUUCCGUGGCUAUUGUUCGUCUAGAGAGUUUAUGCCCCUUCCCUGUACAGGCUCUUCAAGAAACUUUGAAGAAAUACCCCAAGGCAACAAACUUUGUUUGGUCUCAAGAAGAACCACGUAAUGCCGGAGCUUGGACCUUUAUCCGUCCACGUUUCGAAAACGCUCUAGGAAUUUCGCCUAAAUACGCCGGAAGACCAGAGCUGGCUUGGACUGCCACAGCCAUCGCUGAAGUUCAUGCUAAAGAAUUCGAAGAUGUGAUCAAUAACACUUUUGCUUAA